CCUACUGCUCAUUGAACCCUGCUCUGUGACCUGUCUUUGAAAAGAUCACAAUAAUGUCUACCCUUGCUCAGGCUGAUUUGCGCAUUGCAUCCAAAAGGGCGGUCUACGACAACAACAAGUCGUAUGGCGACUCGGAAACAAUUGUCCUGUACAUCUACAACGCUGGUCCUACCUUAGCAUCAGCUCCUGUGGUCAAGGCCGGUUACACGUUCUCGAUGGACUACACUGCCGUCACGACAACGCUCCGUGCAGUCGAAGGACUGAUUACACCUCAGCUAUCUGGGAUUAUCCAAGGUGGUACUCUUGACUGGAAGGGUCUACCCCGUCCGCCGAGCCGCUACGUAGGGUGGGAUAUGGUGACCUCCCUUCCCGACAUUCCAGUUGGGAUGCUCAUGGAACUCAGCCUUUCGUUCCCCAUGACCCGCGAGGUAGCCUACGCUGACUACACUCUGACCGCAUCCGUUGAGUCUAAGACCCCAGAUCCACGCAAGAAGAACAAUGCCACCACGUACGUGAUAACCCCCAACCAUCACUACGAUGGUUCAAACUAUUGGAGCACCCCAGGUGACCUCGAAAACCUUGACUUCGUCGGUUUAACCACUGUCGAACCAAAGUUCGAAGUCGAUUUGAGGGUUGCAUCCGCCCGAGUUCGUUACAAUAACAACCUCCCGUACGGGCAAGCGGAGACGCUGACGUUCUUUGUUUUCAAUGAUGGACCGACAACAGCCAACAAGCCCGUGCUGACUGCGGGCUACACGACUUCGAUGGACUACUCCAAUAUUACAUGUAGCCUCGAAGAAGCGGGGAUUCCUGACGGGACCAACCCCUCCGAAUAUCUCUCUGACACCGACUCUCCUUUACAAUGGCAACCUCUCGAUGGUAUGAGCUGCCAUAUUGAUGAUUGGAACGUCAUCUGCAAUCUCCCGAGAAUCCCGCCUACCACUUUAUACCGAGUCAAGAUUUCUUUCCCGAUGAAUACAACGACCACGUACAAAGACUAUACUGCCACCGCAUCGGUUUCAUCUGAGGUCAAAGAACUCGAUCUCAACAACAACUCCACAACCUAUGUGAUCACACCCAACCAUAGCAAUGACGGAGACGCUUACUGGCAAGCUAAAGGGAGUAUUGAACAGCUUGAUGGACCCUCUGUCCCGUCAGGAAAUCAAGCAUGCUCGACAGGUUGGCUCCCACAGACUCCUAUCAUUGUCACUACCGGUCGAACGCGUAUGGAGGUCCCUUUGGCACAGCUCAAUGCACUGCUCCCCGAGUUUCAGGUUUCUGGCUAUGACAUCGAGACCAAGUCCGUGCUGCCGAAGAAGGUGGCCGGGACUGAAACGCGAACUUCUUCAGAGGCCAUCACAGUGACAUUCUCAACGGAUGGCAAGAAUGUACUGACCUACACUGCACAUCCUGACACGCUGGUCUAUCUCAGCCCUUUCAGACAUAGAAUUGGGCAGACCUCAGAUUCAGUCAACCUGGGGUACUGGAUUCCAGUGCGGAUGCUUUGGGUGGGGGCAGCGAUCAGAGGCAUGCAUUCCGACGGCAGAGUAACUCCAUCCGCCUACGUGGUGAAUGUAGAACCUGCUGUCGGGCAAGAUUUCAAAAGCAUCGAGCCGGAAAUGGUCAGUGCGAGUCAUAGCUAUGUUGUCGGUACGUUGGAUGAAGGAGGCAUACUCACCCACAACCCAAAAGAUGGCCAGCGUUGUGGACCAGCCAACGUCCCUGCCAUGAUGGCAGCUAUCUCUCGCAUUGCGAACAACCUAGUUACGACAACUACUCCUCCACCUGGUACUGCCACUCCUCCAAGACACGGUUAUAGCCUCCGUUACCGAGGUCCGAGAGACCCCCCUCCCUUACCCAGAAGUCGUGGCCGUCGCAUCCUGCCAGCGGGUGUUCCCAGUCGCGACGCCAAUGGGAACUGGUUGAUCUACCUCUACGAGGAAGACACGCCAAGUGCAGUCGAAAACGCCCGCUACGCGGUCAACAAUGGGGCACCUGCGAUCUUGACCUACGACCCGAAUGGCGCGCCGCAGCGACGGCGGGAAUCGACGGGACGGUUUCAGUCGCAGAGCGAACUCCUUCAACUCACAGGAGAGGAGCGCUCGGGGAGAAGCGGUACUGGUCAAUUGGACCGCGAUGAGUAUCCACCAGCUGUCGCGGCUGAGGGUGGUGCUCGUGCAGUGGUCACCUACAUCGAAGCAGGCGAUAACCGCAGGGCGGGCUCUACAAUGGGACAACAGUUCAGUGACCAUAGGCGGCAGCAGCCAGAUGGUCACCCUCCACUCCAGCCUGGAGAUCGUUUCCGAUUAGCCAUUAUCCACAGGAACUUGUCCGAUGUAGAGUAUCUUGUAGAUCAUUCCGAGUUCCCUGCAGAGACACAAAUCGAACGCCCCUCGGAAACCGAUUGAACGCCAGGAUUCUGGAAAGGGAGCUUUCUCUGAUACUGACUGAUCCGCGCUACUUUUCCCUUUCACCUUGAAAUGUUCGAG